UUCCCCCCGCCCCGAUUCCGCCGCCGCUUUCCCGGGGCCGCAGCCGACGAUGCUCCGUUUACAGGCAGCGGCGGCGGCGCGGGGGGAGCGUGUGCGCGGCGCCGGGGGCUGAGCCAGCGGCGGGGAGCCGAGCCCCGGGACACUUGGCGGGGAGGAAGAAGAAGAGGAGGAGAAGGAGGGAGGAGGAAGAAGAGGCCGCCCUUGGCCGCGGCCCCGCCAUGCCGAGCCCCACCGGGGAGCGUGGCCCGGUGGCAGAGGCACCCCAGGGGCUGUGAGCGGCCGCGGGGCUGGCGGAGGUGUGCGUGGGGGGGUGGCAGCCGUGGAGCGGCAUGGCCAGCCCCGGCCCCCCCGCUGCCGCCGCUGCCGGGAUUUAGCCGGUGCCUGGAUGCUUUCGCCUCCCGUUGGCACUUCGGGAGGGCAUGUCCCUCCGGGCCCCGCCUGCUCCUUGACUCGCCGGUGAAGGGCUCCGCCGCCAGCCCCGUCCCGCCACCGGCCCCGGAGAACAGGGAGCGCCCGCCCGCCCCGGCCCCGCUGCUCCGGUGGGUGCCGGGCGGGGGGGCGCCGGGCACCGGUAACUUGGGCUUUAGCGUUCCCUCCGGUACCGGCUAGGGACAGCCCCCCCACCCCGCUCCGUUUCUCGAGGAGAUUUGGGUUAAAACUUCGGCUUUUGGGGAGCCCCGAAGAUGCCUUUCCACCCGGUAACGGCGGCUUUGAUGUACCGGGGGAUCUACACCGUCCCCAACAUCCUCUCCGAUCAGCGCCCAGUGGAGAUCCCCGAGGACGAGCUGGAGGAGAUCCGUGAAGCCUUCAAGGUGUUCGAUCGGGAUGGCAACGGCUUCAUCUCCAAGCAGGAGCUGGGCACGGCCAUGCGCUCCCUGGGCUACAUGCCCAACGAGGUGGAGCUGGAAGUCAUCAUCCAGCGUCUUGACAUGGACGGGGAUGGUCAGGUGGACUUUGAGGAGUUUGUGACGCUGCUGGGGCCCAAGCUGUCCACCUCGGGCAUCCCAGAGAAGUUCCACGGCACCGACUUCGACACUGUCUUCUGGAAGUGCGACAUGCAGAAGCUGACGGUGGACGAGCUGAAGCGGCUGCUGUACGACACCUUCUGCGAGCACCUCUCCAUGAAGGACAUCGAGAACAUCAUCAUGACAGAGGAGGAGAGCCACAUGGGCACGGCCGAGGAGUGUCCCGUCGACGUGGAGACCUGCUCCAGCCAGCAGAUCCGUCAGACCUGCGUGCGGAAGAGCCUCAUCUGCGCCUUCGCCAUCGCCUUCAUCAUCAGCGUGAUGCUCAUCGCCGCCAACCAGGUGCUGCGCAGCGGCAUGAAGUAACAGAGCCACCUCCAGCUCCUGCCACCCGCGGGGCGCCGCACCCCGAGCGAGGGGCACCGGGCCAGGCAGACAUCGACCUCCGCACCCGGCUCAGACACACGACCCCCGCCCCGGCAGGGGGGGCGCAAACCCGAGCAGAGGCCCCGCCGCGCCGGGCGGGGCGAGCGCGUGGGAAGUGUGGGACCGGAGCCCCCCCAGACUCACUCAGACACCCCCCACGCCGGACAGACCCACCCGUAAGUGCAUGUCCCGUGCAUGGAGCCCCGUGUGCUGCGCUGCCUGCCCCGCUCCGGGGGGGAGGGUCGGAGCCCUGCCCGGGCCGCGGGCUGCCGUCGGAGCGGCCGACGCUAGCGCCUGCAGCUCGGUACUAACGACACGAACCAAAUCACCCCUGAGCAAUACUCGCGCCCGAGGCGGCUCCUGCAGCUGGGAGCGUUUGCAUGGACUUGGCUGCCAAGGGCUGGAUUUCACACCCCUCCCCCCCCCGCCUGUGCCCCCCGGCCUUACGCCGUGCCUCAGUUUCCUCCCCUUCCAGAUGGUUCCCAUCUGCUUGAUGCACUUUGAGCCCAGCCGCCCCACCCCGCCCCGCCCCAGGAAGAGCCGGAGCGACCCCAGGGCUGGAGAGCCCACCCCGGCCAGGGCCACCCGCCUGCACCCCUGCUCCCCCCCCAGCCUGUAUGUAGCACCCACCUGGGCACCGGACUGGUUUGGAUUUGGGGCUGUUGCUCGUUCUCUGCAGUUGGUUUGGGGUUGGUUUUGUCUUCCUUUUUUUUGGUCUUUUUAUUUUGGGUUUUUUUUUUCUUUCUUCCCUUUCUUCCUGGUUGGUUCUUUCCAAUCUGAAAUAAACCUGGGAUUUCUGAA